AUGUCCGAACGAUAUUUUUUUCCUAAUGAAAAAGAAUAUGAUGUGAACGAUUAUGCAAACUUUCAUUUUGGUACCGGAAACGAUAGCCAUGCUACCAUAUCUCAGAAAGAGAAUCCUCAAAAUUUAGUAUCUGAAAGAAAUUCAAGUAUACAUCCGUCUUCUGUGGCCUCAACGUCCCUAAUUUCAGAUGUCCCUCCCUUGAGUCCGAGCUUCCACAAUCUUCAACAACAUGUUGCUACUCCCUAUGGUGAAAUUGCUAUGCCCAUUCCUUCUUCUAGUGGUAUGUCCGUCGUUGCUCCCGAAGCCUCAGAGAAUAACGUGAACGAUGUUCCGAUGACUUUUAACAGAACCGUUACACAGCCUAAUGCAACUAGGUUACGCGACACGUCUUCUCGUUAUCGACCAUCCAACAGUUCCCGAAAACAAGCAUAUAACGAGGAUGAUUUGGGUGAUGAUUCUGAUUUGUCCAGUUCCAUGUUACAUGAUGAUUUUCAGGUAGAAGGCAUGAAAACUAAAUCUGGUCGUAAGAUUCAACGACCGGUAACUUAUAAUCCGACUGCCGCUUCUUUAAAGAAAAGGACGAGAAAGGCCGACUUAGUCUCGCUCUGCGUUGUGUGCCAUAGGGGUCAUUCUCCAGUUUCCAAUCAGUUGGUCUUCUGUGAUGGGUGUAAUAGUCCCUUUCACCAGCUUUGUCAUCAACCUCCUAUUGAUGACAUUACAGUUCAAAUUGAAGAUUCUGAAUGGUAUUGCAUGAACUGCCAGUACAGCCGGGCGAAGCAGUUUCCAUUGGAGACGGGUGCUACCUCACAGAUGUUAGGAUUAGAUCCUCAGCAAUUGCGUGCAUACUUCUUUAGCUUACCAGUUCCUCAUCUAGUAGACUUGAUUCUCUUCCCUCAGACACGCGAAAACUUAGGUGAAAUUCGCCGACAAUUACUUAUAAAUGCUGACCGAAAUCAAAGCGCUCUACAAGAAAAGAAGAACGCCAAACAAGAUGAGAUGGCCUUAGACGUUCCUCCUCUUGUGCCAUAUACGACGGAAUAUGUAUCUCGUUCUGGCGUUCUUUACGAUUAUCCAACGAUUUUACGACUUGCAAUACGAAACUUGGACACUCCUUCAAAAGAAAACAUUUUUGCUUGGAUGUCUGAUCAUUUACCUCUAAUGAUGUCGUUCCGCGAAAGUGCCUCCGAUGCUCUUCGAUGGAUGGUUAUCCACGGACAAUUAGUUCGUUCAGGAUAUAUUUAUCAAAUUACUAGCGUAGAUGAUUUUUCACCUCUACGUCCUUCAUUAUUACCCGCAUUUCAAAAAAGAAGAAAAGUUCAGAAAGUUAUGCCGAUAUCAUACCCAACUGAUGAACCUCAAAGCCUUUCUUUUACUGUACUGUAG